AUGCCGCCCGACUCAUCUCCGCCCUGGACCACCUGUCUGACCGACGGCACCUUGGGUCUGGAUGCUGACGGUGCUGCCCAGCUGGGAGCCGACGGAGGCCUCGAAGAUGAGAGGCAACUUUUGGUUGAAGAGCAAAAGUUGUGUAGAUCUCGAGCUCGCAAGUUCUCCCUGGAAACCAACCGACGCAGGAGGGCUGUGGAGGAAAGACAGAAGCAGCGGGACGUGGUCGAGCAACAGCUGAUCGAGAACAUCCUGAAGCAACGCAGAGAGCGAGUACAGGAUGCAACCGAGCGCUUCCAAAGAGCCCACCUGCCCCCUUCUCAGAGACGCAGACAAUCUUUUAGAAGAAAUGUCUCAAAUAUUGAAGAUGCGCUCAAUCAAAUUCAAGGCUCCUCGAGUUCAUCCCCCCAGCCGUCCUCUAGGUUCUCCGGCCACUUUAACAUUAGCAGGAGCUGCACUCCCUCUCCUAAGCCGCCCACAGUUUCUCGAUCCUCUCACCGCCAGGCGCUCUCUGCUGUGGAGGCCUACACUAAACUGCUCCAGGAGCAGAGCCGGACUGGCUUCAGGAGCAGUCCACCAACGGAAGAGAAGCAACACGACCGCAGUCCUCAGGACAGCCAACUGUCUGAUUGCGGCAAUUCUGAAAGUGUUUCAAGUAAGGACAGUUUAGAGAAUGAGGAACACAGCACAACCAAUCUACAGUAUUCCUAUUCGUCAUUCCUGCUCGACUCAAAGAAACCCCGCCCAGACGGGAGAAAGCCAAAUGAUUUGUGUCCCACAUCAGAGCUAACGUCUCUCUCAGCCACGAUGCUCCUCGGUGAUGACUUAUCCCCGUCAAGAAAACUGCGAGAUCCUGAGCGGCAAAAACAAGCGGACUCGGAAGGGCCUGGCAAUAAUAAGAUGCACGUUACCAAAGCCUCAUGGGGGUUCACGCCUAGAACGCAGACCCAGCCCGCUCUGCACGACUGCAACUUAUUCACUCUUUGUGAAAUUGUUAGUGCGGGCCCGGAGCACUUUGAGGGAAACUCACAAAACAGUCCCAGUGACGACAUCGUCGCUACAAACAGAGUUGCCCCUGGCAACGCAGCACUUGAUUCUUCAUGUCCGAAACAGGAGGCUCUGUUAGGACUCAGGCAGUACGGGGCCCAUGAUGACAGACACUUGAGGCAUCCGUCAGCCACAGAAAUUCUUCUGCCUGCUCAAACUGGCGACAGCAGAGACUUUUUGUUUGGGCCUCCCCCAAAGCCCAAUAUUGUCCUGAGCGACCGGGCGUCAGACAAUGCAUCACGAGAGGGAACGCUUCAGCAAAUAGGAAAAGAAAACCACAGUCUGUUGUCACAGAAAGAGCUGAGUGCUUCCAGAAAUAACCUCAAUAAGCUUUCAAACUCAGAGCCCAAGACCGGGAAGCCCAUUAAUGCAGCGUCGCAGCAGCGCGCAUGCUUGUCCAACAUUCGGUCGGACACUCCUGAGGUCCUCAAGUGUCCGGAGGGGGGAGUUCGUGGCGGGCCUGUUUCUGCGAGGGCGUCUCAUUCGGUGUGUGAAGUCCGAUUCCUGAAAGGAAUCCUCAAAAAGACCUCCAAAUAUAUGCCCGGAGAUACCGCGCGUGCAUUUGGCCCGGGACAUUUCAUUUUUGCCAAAGAAGUAGCCUUAGGGAUCAGAGACAGCGUUGAACUGACGAGGACCAGAAGUAAAGUUGUGGAGGGCAACAACGCCGUGAAAAAGAAGCUACGUUGGUUUGAUGAGGUGGAGGAAGAGGACCCAGAGCGGAGCGCAGGGGAACAGAUGACAGCCAUGUCUCCCAAGCUUAACAACAACUCAGAGGACCACCAGCUAAGUCUCGCUACAGUCUCAGGGGCUUCCAAGCCUGGACCCGGCGUGACCCCACCGGCCUCCACUGGUUAUCACUUUACAAAGCAAGCGUGGGCAGAUGUCGGGGUUCAAGUCAGCUCGCCCCAGGAACGAGCAGACGAGGUCAAGGUGCCGCGGAGCACCACCAGGACCGGUGGCCCCAGGGUCCCUCGGAGAGAGCGCUCCGCCAGAGCUGGAGGGGGUCCUGUUUCCUCGCGGACAAGAAAGGGCACAGUCAUUCGACCUCAAUCUGCCACCGAGGUGAGUCAGAUUGCCAAAACCCAAGGGAAUAUCAUGGUGCCCCGCCCACCCCCGAGGACGGAAUGGGAAAAGACGGCGAGCGUCGCCAGGACUCCUCACGGCGUGGACCGUGCCGGCGUCAGCUGUAAACAACCACUGGCCCUGCACAAGGACGCCUCUGACGGCCUUUUCUCACCUUGCACACAUGAGGCAGUGAGAACAGAUAGCACUGUUCUGUACACACCACUGCCACCCUCGUGCACCCACUCUGCCUCGAAGGGCAACACAAAGGGCACGUCCAGCUCAGGCCGUCAGGAAUCUCCGUGCUCCGGCAGCAGACGGAGGGGGAUGGUGUGUAAAGACAACGGCCUCUGUUUCGAUUGCACUCCCACGGAUGAGGAGAUCUCACACCUCUGGCACGGUGUCCGCAGUGCCCUGGCCACCAAGGAGGCUCAAACCCUGCUCCGCAGACAGGCCCUGUACGGCGGGCGUGUUGGGAGGAAGCCUUGCGUGGAGCACAGCAGACAGCCCCCCGGCUCAGGGCACAGAAGGCUUCCUGCGCCCUCUCAGACUACGAAGCCAGUCCGGACGUUUUCCAGUUCUUACAACAUGGCCUUUCCAUAUGAAGGUGCGGCGAGUGUGGCGAGUGCGGCCCAGUUACACCUGGCCGGAGGACGUGCCGGAGGCCUGCUGGGGGAAACGGACAUUGUGGCUGCCGUGGAAACGGCCCAAACACAGAGGCCUGGCGCGGCACAGCAGCACAGCCAACAGCGGGGACCCACCGCCAUUUCAUUGGAAGAGCAGAAGAUCCUCCUCUCUCUGGACAGACUCAACCACCAGCUGUACCGUGUGCGGGCACACGUGGGGGCUGAUACUGGCUCGUGUGGUCUCGUACUUACCGAGGCACCCUCUAUGAGGGAAGUAAAAGUCACAAGCCAUCACAAGCAUCGUGCGUCCUCAGCAAACAACCGCACUCGGUACCAGAAGAAGUUCUGACAUUCAGCGCGUAUGGUUCACAAUGGUUUUCUCUCCCAUCAGUGCUUUAUACCUGUAAUAUACAUGCAAUACCAUCCACUUCAGGUAUACACGCCCCCACCACUAUCUCCAAGAGCUAAGAGGUCGGAAGCAAACUGAAGCGGCAAUACAACAACACUGAUUUUUGA